UCCCCGUGCGUCCGUGCGCGUGUAUUUACGGUAAAGACCCUACGCCACACGGAAGAAAAGCUCCCUGCUAGCUGGCGACACCGAGAUGUGAAAUGUUUAGUGCGUCGCUUGUUGUUGUUUUUUAACGCAUUUUUCUUUUAGAUAAAAAAAAAACCAAACAAAAAAAACGCACGAAGAUCGCGCGCAGGGACCCGCGUCUGAUCGCGCACGAGUCGACAUGGCGACGUGCAUUCCCUUCCAGACCCAGUUGUCCUCAAUAAUGGAGGUUUUGGUCAAAGCGGCGGUGGCGGAGAUUUCCAAACUGGUCGACGACAAAUGUGCGUUUCUGCAUCUGGAAAUUUCCCGGAAGCAGAGCGAGAACGAGGCGCUGAGGAGGAAGCUGCUGCUGAUGGAGACCCGCAGCUCGCGGCCGCCGCGCGGCUUCGGUGAGACGCCGCACGCGCGGUCUCUUCUGCUCGCGGACGACGCGGGUCAAACCUGUGACGUCGCUGCGUGUUCAUGUGGAGCAGGAAAAGCACGCGCUGCACAUGAAAUGGACCUGUUUAUUGAACCGGUGUCUCAUUUUUUUUUUCUCAAACAUAUUUGUUCCUUUCCUGCUCUAGAAAACUACAUGGACCGAGGAACUGAUGUGGGGACCUGUCCGCAUCCUGCUGGAGACAUCAAGGUCCAGUUCAGCGACGUCGACGCCGCCGCCGCCGUGUCGUUCACAAUCAAAGAGGAAAGUCCAGACGAGAUGCUGUGGAUCAGCGACUCCGCCGCGCCCAUCGGCUCCGCUGCACAGUACCGGGACGCAGGGAACGCCGCACGGCGCCGGCAGCCGGGGCACGGGGAGGCCGCCGGCUUGUACGGCUCCGGCCAGCACGCCGUCGGAGACGUCGCCGUCGGAGACGUCGCCGUCGGCCACCGGUUCGCCGUGAAGACGGAGAAGGAGGAGGAGCGGUCGGGGUUCGGCCGGGACGGCUGCCUGCACGGCGCCGGGAAGCCGACCCAGCUCGCCGCCGACUUCUCCAUGGACGAAAGGGAGAACCAGCUGUGGUCGUCCAUCAUCGAAGGCGGCGACAUCGACGCCGGCUUCCCCGACUUCUCCAGCGUGGUGGAGGAGUACUCCAGCACGUUUCCGGACCACUCGGACGUCCACGCCGCCUCCGGCGCCGCCAAGCCGCCCGGCGCCCCGCAGCAGCUGCCGCCGUGCAACGGGGUCUACAACAGCGACGCCCCGCAGUCGUCCGGCUUUCAACCCGGGCCGCCGCCGCCGCCGGACCAGCCGAAGCCGGAGGUCCACGCGCAGCGGGGCGCCGAGCGGGACGCCGCAGCCAGGCCGCACAGCGGCGCCGCCUUCCACCCCCACCGGCCGCCCUCCGGCGCGGCGCGGAGCUACGCCUGCUCGCUCUGCGGCAAGGCGUUCGGCCGCCUGCACCAGUUCAAGCUGCACCAGCAGAGCCACAAGCGCAAGCGGGCCUUCUGGUGCAGCGUGUGCGGGAAGAGCUUCCAGUGCUCGUCGCACCUCAGCAUCCACCACCGGACGCACACGGGCGAGAAGCCGUACGGCUGCGGCCAGUGCGGCAAGAGGUUCACGCAGCAGAGCAGCCUGCGGGUGCACCAGAGGACGCACAGCGGGGAGAGACCCUACAGCUGCUCGCUGUGCGGGAAGACCUUCAUCCUCAUGCACCACCUGAAGCGCCACCGGAUCAUCCACACCUACAGCUGAGCCCCCCCCCCCCCCACCCCCCACCUCCCCUUCCCCCCUCUGACAGAGACAGGAAAUGACCCUCAGAGGCAGGGUGAGGUUUUUUGACCUCACGCCGUUGCUCACAGACUUUGUACAUUGAUGCAUAUUCCGCUAUGCAAACUCCGUCCGGGUGGAUUUUAAGAUGCUUGCUUUGCUUUUUAAAAAAAAUACUUGAUCAUUAAAACGUCAGAUGGAAUCGCCCCCCUCCAGGCAGAUGUCACGCAGUAUUUUUUCUCCCCCCCCCCCCCCGAAACCGUCAAAGCUAGAAGUCCAAAAAGAAAACCGAGGUCUUUUUAAAGAAGAAUCGUGCAUUUUUUCUCUGGCGGGUCUCUGCACGCCGAUCGUCGUCUUUGUUUGUUUGUUUUAACUCCUCGUGUAGAAAAUCGAUGCCUUACUCCAUCUCCGCACUGUUUCCCCACCAACC